AUGUGUCAGAGGCAGGGUGAUGAUGUUUCAGGUGGAUUUGAUAUGCAACUGAUUGGAAACUUUUUGAGUUUUGCAUCGAGGGGAGACAGGGUUGGACUGAACCAGAUGUUAAGGGAUGGUAUUUCUCCUGACGUGCAGGACUAUGACAGCAGAACUGCUCUGCAUCUUGCUGCCAGCGAAGGCCAUGCCCCCAUUGUUGAACUUCUUCUACAUUACAAGGCCAAAGUUAACCUCAUUGAUCGUUGGAAGCGUACUCCUUUGACAGAUGCAAGACUUUAUGGACAUCGAGACAUAUGUAGAAUCCUAGAAGUUAAUGGAGGCAAGGAUAUGGAUGACCAAGAGUUCAUCAAUGAUCAGCCAAUGAUGAAUGAUCAGGCGCCGAUGACAGUUCGACAUGAACAAGCUCCGAAUGAAGUAAUCGAUAUCUCAGAAUUGAUUACAGAAAAUGUAUCAAUAAUUAAACAGGGCGUGUUUGGUGAAGCUCACAAGGUGAAGUGGCGUGGAACGUGGGUUGUCAAAACAGUGAUCAAAAGACAGAUUUACCAUCCUCACCAUCCUGUGACAAUGAUAUUGACUUCCAAGGAAAAUACUCUCUUACAAGAACUUCGACAUCCCAAUAUCUUACAGUUCCUUGGUUCAAUUGUGCAAGGAGAGGAGAUGAUUUUGAUCAUAGAAUAUCUACCAAUGGGUAACUUGGAUGAUAUAUUGAGAACCAAAGGUCGGCUUGAUUUUCCCACUGCUUUGCGCUAUGCACUUGAUAUUGCUAGGGGAAUGAACUAUCUUCACAAGCACAAGCCAUAUCCAAUAGUGCACAACAAUUUGGAUCCGAGAAGUUUGUUGCAAGAUGAAAGUGGCCACUUGAAAAUUGGGGAGUACUGGGUUCAAAUGCUGUAUGAACAAAUACAGCCAAACCAAGACAAUUGUCAAAUAAAUGAAACUUCUAGCAUGCCUAGCAACCUAUCAAAUGGUAUCAACAAAGAUGUACGUGCAUUUGGGUUCAUAUUUUAUCAGAUGCUAGAAGGAACACACCUCCUGAACAACAUGAACUUUGACUUCAUACAUUUAGAUUCUGUUGACUUCGAAAUGAAGUUUCCAAUAAGCCGAUGUCCUAAAAGAAUUCAACAGCUAAUAAAGGACUGCACAAGUAAUGAUCCUUCGGAAAGGCCAGAAUUUUUUAAUGUGAUUGACAUUCUAGAGGAUGUUUCCACUCAUAUGGGAAAUGUUUGUAUUGGACAUUAUUGUGCAUAG